AUGGCUCCUCAUGUGGGGUUCGACUCCGAACAGAUCAGAGACAAGGCUCGAAAGGACCUUCUUUAUCUUCUCGAAGGCGUUCGCGGGAAGAAGAAUCUCGUCAUCGAGCGUAGCUUGGCUGGCCCAAUCGGUGUCGUAGUCAAGGUAUCAACCCUUCAAGAUUAUGGCGUAGACAAGUUCUUCAUUCUCGAAAAUAAGAAUGCCGACACGAGCCAACGCAAUGUCGUGUUUAUGGCGCGAGGGGAGUCUGCCCGCCACGCUCAAUCCAUAGCAGAACAUAUCAAGCGGCUACAACGCGAAAGCCAGACCGGUCACGAAUUCCACAUCUUCUGGGUACCCCGCCGUACUCUGGUAUCCGAUAAACUCUUAGAGGAAGCCGGCGUGUUGGGCGAUGUCAACAUUGCAGAGCUCCCGUUAUAUUUCUUCCCGCUUGAGCGAGACGUCCUAACCCUAGGGCUCGACGACUCUUUUCGGGACCUUUUUCUGUUCAAAGAUACAACACCAACGUUUCUGAUGGCGAGAGCCUUAAUGGGAAUUCAAUCUAAACACGGAUUCUUUCCGCGCGUCAUUGGCAAGGGCAACAAUGCGAAGCGCGUGGCGGAACUACUCACUAGAAUGCGGCAGGAGAUACUGGCUGGGGAGGAUGCGAGUGAAAAUACCCGGUCCGGGCUUACACCAAGCAACACGAUAGAAAGUGUUAUAUUGAUUGACCGCGAAGUCGAUUUCGUCACGCCCUUGCUCACACAACUGACGUACGAAGGACUGAUUGAUGAGAUCUGGGGGAUUCAGAAUAAUCAAGCUGAUAUUGAUUCUACUAUCGUGGGAGCUCCGCCACAGCCCGCAUCUCAGAGCGCGCCUACUCCGACAGCUAAUGCCCCUUCGAGGAAGCGUAAAAUACAAUUAGACUCUUCAGAUAAACUUUACGACGGACUCCGCGAUGCAAAUUUCGCAAUUGUUGGUACACAACUCAACAAGGUUGCGCGAAGGUUGCAAAGCGACUAUGAUAGUCGCCAUUCAUCUAGGACGACCGCGGAGCUUAAAGAUUUUGUGAAAAAGUUACCCGGCUAUCAAACAGAGCACCAGAGCUUGAAAAUACAUACUGGGCUUGCUGAGGAGAUUAUGAAACAUACACGAACUGACGAAUUCAGUCGCAUGCUAGAGGUCCAACAGAACCUCGCUGCGGGUGCCGAUCCUAGUUCUCAAUUCGAGGCUAUCGAAGAAUUAAUCGCAAGACAUGUGCCGUUGCAGGAAAUACUGAGGCUUUUAUGCGUAUAUUCAUGCAUAUCCGGUGGUAUCAAAGCAAAAGACUUUGAUCAUUUCAGACGCUUGAUAUUAGAAGGCUACGGGUACCAACAUUUCUUAACCUUAGUUAACUUAGAAAAGCUGCAGCUAUUCUUAUCUCGCGCUUCGCCUAUGGCAAGCAUGAUCCCUAUGGCCAGCUCAGGGACGACAACCGAAACGAAGACGAACUACGCCUACUUACGAAAGCAGCUCCGUUUAAUCGUCGACGAAGUUAAUGAGCACGACCCCAAUGAUAUCGCAUACGUUUAUAGUGGCUAUGCGCCCCUUUCGAUCCGUCUCGUACAAUGUAUACUGCAGAAGCAAUAUCUCCUUUCCAUUACACGUGGCAACGGGACGACUGGCGCAAGCACAGCCGCUAGUAGCGGUGCGCAAGGGUGGCGAGGUUUCGAGGAGGCUGUGAAACAUGCGCGAGGCCAGACGUUUGACGAGCUACAAAAGGGCGAAGACAAAGCAGUCAAAGCUCGAGCCCUAUUAUCUGGAGGAGGCGACAAGAAGACGGUGUUUGUUGUAUUCGUGGGAGGAAUAACAUUUACCGAGAUCGCUGCGCUGCGAUUUAUCGCAAAAAAGGAAGAAGGUAGGAGGAAUAUUGUAAUCUGCACGACUUCGAUCAUUAGCGGGAAUAAGAUGAUGGAUGCUGCGGUAGAGAAGAAAUCAUUUGCGAAAGAGCCACCCAAGCCGGCUGCUGCUUCAUCUACGACCUACAUUUCUUAUAUCACGAGAACUCUUCCGGCAGCUCUCCUUGCGGGCUCGUUCAAAUCAUAUAACCCUGGGCUAUCUGCCUCAAGAGACACCCCGAAAACAGAAUCUGAAAUAGUUGUUCGAAUUGGCGGUAUGGACGUGUCUCCGGACAAUAUGGCCUCUGCGCCUGUAUCACGACAAGAUCCCUCGUCUCAUCAUAGUCAAUCACCGUCAAUAAAUUCCAAGUCUUCGAAGGCUCACGAGAACUCUGGAAAUUCAUUCGGGUCAUCAACUUCGGCUAUGUCAGAUCAGUCAGAAUUGACAUCUCCACCGUCAUCGUCGCAUUCAAGUAAAGCGACGACGCCGAUUGAUAUGGAUUCAUUACAAGAGCCGCCGAGGACCCACAUCGACAAUAAAACCACCAUUAAGACAAAGAGACGCCCGUUCGAUGUUCGACCACGAGUAUCUAUCCCGACAGACAUCUCUCCGCAUGAGUAUGCCAACCAAUGCAUAGCCGCAGCCGAGUCUUCUCGACUAAAUCCUUAUGCUCUACAUCAGGAUGAGUACUUGAUGUUGAGAAACCAUCUCAGUCAUGCCCAGGUAACUACCUAUCUGAACAUUCGAAACGGGAUCCUACGAUUAUGGUUGAAUAACCCUCGAAUCGGGGUUUCUCGUGAAGAAGCUAUCGGAUGUGCCAAAGAUCUAAGGUGGUUUGACGCUGCAAGCGUAUGCUACGACUGGCUCGUCCGAUCAGGAUAUAUCAACUUCGGCUGCGCAGAAGCUUCCUCAGCUCAGAAGCGGCCGGUAAAUACCAAAACGAGCAAGAAGAGAAAGACGGUAGUUGUCAUUGGUGCCGGAAUGGCUGGCCUAGGUUGUGCGAGGCAAUUAGAGAGCUUAUUUGGCCAAUAUGAUAAACGGUUUCAGCAUUUGGGAGAGGAAGCUCCGAGGGUAAUUGUCCUCGAGGGUCGAAAUCGCCUAGGCGGUCGUGUGUACUCACGUGCACUAGAUGGUAGCAAGAGUCAACAUCUGAUAGGAUUUCAGGGCCGGCGGCAUAGUGUAGAGUGUGGAGGCAUGAUUAUCACUGGAUUUGAGCGAGGCAAUCCGCUAAAUAUUCUUGUGAGAGGGCAGAUGGCCUUGCCUUAUUAUGCUUUACGACCUGACACUACCCUCUAUGAUGCCAAUGGCAAGGCCGUCGACGAUAUACGGGAUCGUCUUGUCGAAAAGCUCUACAACGAUUGUCUUGAACGAGUAAGCGACUAUAAGUUUAAGAACCCGCCGUCCAAACUCAUUGAAGGCAACAAGGACCUAAUGGAUGAAGGCCGAGAUAGGCCCCAAAUUAGUCUCGUCCCCGUCUCUACGGACCGAGCAACCGGUAGGACUCACGUUGAGCCGGGUACCCCAGCUACCCUCAAGGCAGCCUUCAAAGCACGUUUGAUGGGUUGGGCGCUCAAGGAACAUGUGACCGAGGACUACGAUCUAGACCUUGAGGCAGCAGCCAAAGCUCCUGAUGCCACUCUUGGUUCUGUCAUGGACGAGGCAAUUGCGCAGUACAAGAAUAUCGUUGAUCUUACACCCCAAGAUUUUCGACUUAUGAAUUGGCACAUAGCCAAUCUCGAGUAUAGCAACGCGGCCAAUUACAAUCAGCUGAGUAUCGGAGGCUGGGAUAUCGAUGCUGGUAAUGAGUGGGAAGGCAAACACACAAUGGUAAUCGGUGGCUACCAAGAUGUCGCAUGGGGUCUGGCAAAUAUGCCUUCUCGACUAGACGUUCGGAAGAACACCAGCGUCAAACAAAUAUUCUACGAUCCCGAUGGACUAAGAGCUGCACGCGUCGAAUGCGAAGAUGGCUCGACCUUUGAGGCAGACUAUGUGGUGUCUACAAUUCCUCUCGGAGUUCUCAAGCAUGGCAAUGUUGAAUUUAAUCCUCCUCUGCCGCCUUCCAAAGCAGGCGCUAUUACUCGCUUGGGUUACGGCAUCCUUAACAAGAUUAUUCUAGUCUACGCAGAGGCUUUUUGGGAUACGAGCAGAGACAUAUUCGGUUGCCUACGAACUCCAAAUUCUCGCCACAGCCUUAAGCAGUCUGAGUACACUUCACAGCGUGGGCGUUGCUUCCAGUGGUUUAACACAUCAAAUACAAGCGGCAUCCCAGUACUUAUUGGGCUGAUGGCUGGGGACGCUGGCUUUGAUACUGAACAUACUAAUAAUGAUGAGCUCGUGGCUGAAGCCACCGAGGUCCUACGGAGCGUAUAUGGUGCUAAAGUUCCCCAACCAGUCCAUUCGAUCGUCACACGCUGGGGUUCUGACAAAUUUGCGCGAGGGUCUUAUUCCUCUGCCGGCCCUUCGAUGCGUCCGGACGACUAUCAAACGAUGGCUAAACCAGUGGGCAACCUAUUCUUCGCAGGCGAGCACACAACCGAGACUCACCCCGCUACAGUACAUGGCGCAUACCUAUCUGGACUACGUGUCGCAUCGGAAGUAAUCGAUGCUAUGAUCGGCCAAAUUGAGGUCCCCACUCCGCUGAUACUACGGAAAGAGUCCGCCUUCUCUCCUCAGGGGUUGAAGCGUAAGGAGCCUGGCGAUGGUGCGUCGGUUGUCUCCCCCAAAUCCAACAAACAGGCUCGUAUUGAUGAGUACGAAGCUGCCGCUUGGCGACAUGUCAUAGCGCAAAUCGGGGAACGGCCUUGGCGACCUCAGAAAGUUGCGGGAAAUGCCUAUCUCCUAUAUAGUAAGGCAUUCUUCGAGACGGCACGCAAGCGGUGUGCAGAGGGCCGGCGAGCUGGUAAGGGCAAGCCGGGCCCAAACGAAGUACGAGUCAUGACAAGUAAAAUGUGGAAGGAGGCGACUCCUGAGGAUCGAAAGCCGUUUGAAGAUCAAGCGUCCGAUCAAAAGCAGAAGUAUAACGAAGCAUUAAAGGCCUGGGAAGCGAAGGUCAAGGAGUGGGAUCAGCGUUACCCCGUAGUAAGGGGCGAAUAUGAAAAAGACCAUAAGCUCGUGCUCCAGGACGAGGGAAGCCCUGCUAGUGAGAGCGGAAGGGAACGGAGACGCGCUAAGGUCAGCAACUAUGCUGAGAGCGAGGGAAGUGAUAUCGACAUGGAGUAA